UGGACUGGACCGGGCGGUCGGGCGGGAAACCCAGCGAACCGGACCCUAGAAAUCCCUAGUCUCCCUCGAUCGCCCUGCCAUCCCCUCUUCGAGUCCUCUUCCUCCGUGGUUCUCCGCCCCUCCUCCUCAGCCACCGACGACGCUGGAGACGGUGGAAGAGGGCUCCUGCCAGCAUAGCCUCCGUGUCCUCCUUCUCCUCUCGGAUACCAGCCAGCUAUAACUAAUUCUUGAAUGGAGAACCCAAUCAUGGAGAGUCCACAGUCAGCAACAUUUUCUUCUACUGAUGUUGAUCAUCACUCAGAGAAUAUGAUCCCGCAUCAUGCAAAUGAUGAGGAGGCCGAGCCAAAAUGUGAUGUCAGUGUUGAAGAAAUCAGAAGUAUAAUGCAGGUCAUUGCUGCAACUGGAAAAUUCUGGCAUGAUUGGGACAUGCUGAAAAGCUUGCUAUCAUUUCAGCUAAAGCAGGUUUUGGCAGAAUACCCUGAAGCCCAAAUGGUCCGUGGUGUUGAGUCACAACAGAGUUCUUUAUCAGGCGAAACAUAUCCAGAGUUAGUAAAACGGCUGGAUGAAGCUCUAUUAUGUUUUGUGGAAGGUCCUCCGUUUACGCUGCAAAGACUCUGUGAGAUUCUUGUGAACCCAAAAGGCACAUAUACAAAUCUCUCGAAGCUUGCAUGGCCUUGGAAAAG